AAAGGGGAAGGAUCCAAAUGAAUAUACCUCUUAAUCCCUCCUCCGUUUGUCUUCCUUUUCGCGGUCCACUGUUUUUUUUUUUAAUUUACGGAGUGUUUGGUUUGGCGGUGGAAGACGGGACGCCGUCAUCGCAUUUGUUCACUUGGUGCGGAGGCGGCAGCAGGUGGGGGGGAAGGGGGGGCGGAUUUGAAGGACUUAAGGUGGAGCAACAAGUGCCACUCGCAACCGGAUAGUGUCAGUAGAACACUUUGAUAUUACAGGCAAGGUAUAGCCGGUUACUGGAAGCAAAUGUAGGUGAACCUUGUUUCUUGGGAGUCCAAGACCAUCUCUCAAUGCUUCCUUUUCCUUGAAAGAAAAACAUGUCCAUCUACCGGGGCCCGGCAGGAGAAAGCGCAAAGUGACCCGAGUGGCCAUCCAUUGCGCCAGCGUCCGAAGCGCACCCCCCCAAAAAAAAGGCUCGGUCGGAUGCAUUUGUCAAUGGAUACCCUGGCAAUGGCGGAAGACGGUUGCCUGGACAACUUUGACAUGGCAAAAGGCGCCGGCGGAUCCAGCGCUGGGGGCAGGGUGCACAGUAUCGAUGUAAUCCUCGGCUUCGCCAAGGAGCAGGACUCUCUGCUCCAACACCACGGCGUCCACCACCACCACCACCACCCCCAAGACGGCCAGCGCAGGCAGAAAGCCACGCGGGAAAACUUGCAACUUCCUGACAAGCACGAUCCGUACGGGCAUCUUUCGGAACUGGCCGACAACUCCCAACAAUCCUCCUAUCAUGCAUCAGAUCUCUUCUCCAGUGACAAGUGCGACGGAGGCAUGAGCGGCAUGCAACAGGACCUGGCUGAGGACUCACCCAAGGUCAUUGUAGAGGAAGAGCACGGCAAGAAGAAGCACCGCAGGAACCGAACCACCUUCACCACCUACCAGCUGCACGAGCUGGAGCGCGCCUUUGAGAAGUCCCACUACCCGGAUGUCUACAGCCGUGAGGAGCUGGCCAUGAAGGUCAACCUCCCCGAGGUCAGAGUGCAGGUGUGGUUCCAGAAUCGGCGCGCCAAGUGGCGACGUCAGGAGAAGAUCGAUUCCACGACAAUGAAGCUGCACGACUCUCCCAUGCUUUCCUUCAACCGGCCCCCGAUGGCGCCCAGCGUUGGGCCGGUGGCCAACCCCAUGCCGCUGGAUCCCUGGCUCACCUCGCCCAUUUCCAACGCGACACCCAUGCACGCCAUCUCAGGCUUCGUGGGUUCGCCGCAGAGCCUGCAGCCGGCCUUCGCGGGCCACGGCUUCCUCGGCGGAGCGCCGCCCAGCCUGGUGCAGGGCAUGCAGUCCAUGGGGGGGCCGCCGCCGUACCAGUGCCCGCCUAGCUUCAAUGACAAAUUCCCCAUGGAGGACGACAGGAACUCCAGUAUUGCGGCACUCAGGAUGAAGGCCAAAGAGCACAUUCAGUCCAUGGACAAAACCUGGCAACACAUGUGAUCCUCUUUUU